UCAUUGAUUAAUUUUUAUUCGUCACUCGGCGUUGACGUAACGGGUUUACACUCUUCCUGUAUUACUUAAUACUUUGUUACUAUGUUGUAUAUCUCCUGACUGCUUGAGGAGUUUCUUGUCGUCCUUUGAACCGACAGAAGUACAACAAGGCAGGCCCAGUGUUUUUCAACAAUAUUUCGUUGCUCUGAGGUGAAGAAACCAUGGCAUUCGAUCAGGGGCAAAUAACGACGUCGGACUUCACUCUGAGCUGCGCGGACGCCCUGUCGUCGCUCGAGAUGAAGAGGACCCUGACAUCGUCAGACAAUCAUGUGAAAUGGGAGGUGACCUUGUCCAUGAGUCCCGAUCCAGCCGUCACCGGUCAGUACGAAUUGAAUCUGGAAGCCGCAGCCAUGACGACUGACGAGAACGAUCCACCUCAAAAGAAGUUCGUUCACGCCACGUGUCAGCUCGUGUCCAAAACGAUGUGCAGCAACUGCCGUCGCAGUUACGGUUAUGCCACAUGUGCUUACUGCCCUGCUGGUCUUCUUGUGACGGGGCCCUUGAGGAACAGCUUCUACUUCAGCUUGAGAAGCGUGAAGGUACCUGCGUCUUGCAUUCAACAAGUGGCGAACGGACGGAGCCAGAUGCGCUGUCUGCCCGUCACGGUGAAUCUUUGCCACUUCAAAACCGUUGAGGAAGUCCCAAAGCUGUCAGCGGAUGGAAGUCAUGUCGUUGAGAGCCUCAAGGCGCUGCUGGACUCUGGCGAGCUGUCCGACGUGACGUUCGUGGUUGGCGGCGAGGAGAUCAAGGCACACAGCCAAAUUCUUGGGGCCUGCAGCGACGUCUUCAAGGCCAUGUUCCAGCACGACACCCUGGACCGACGCACCGGGCGGGUGACCGUCGCGGACGACAUCCCUGAAGCCUUCAAGGAGAUGCUGAGGUGCGUCUACACUGAUUCUAAACCUGCCUGGACUAAAGGUGAGCACGCCGACACCUUCCUCAUGGGGCUGCUUUUCCUGGCGGAGAAGUACAACCUCGGGACGCUGCGCGGACAGUGCCAGCGGCGCAUCCUCUACACCAUGAGCGUGGGCAACGUUGUAGGACGUCUCAAAGCCUUGGACGUUGUGUGCCCAGACAUGGUCCCCCUCGUGGCAGACCCCUUCGUGAGGACUCAUCUCUCGGAGAUUCUUGCGUCUGCAUCGUGGGCUGCGUUCAUGAAGGAAAGUGUCUCCUUGGCGGCGGACGUGAUGUACCUUGCCAUGAAGAGGUGAACUACGCAGCUGUAUCCACUGCAUUCUAUUCCUAGUUUCUUUUCUCAGUUUCUUUAUUUUCUUUGCGGACCGAACUACUUUUACCCGCGUUCAUUCACGUUUAUUUCUUUGUUCGACUGGAGAUGAGCUCAAAUAAAACAAUGGCUUACAGUCUUGACUGGUAUGCUUC